GCAAAGAGUGUAGUUACUUUGCCUAAGAAGAGGACGCAGAAACCCAAAAGGCAUCUCAAAAAGAGAUAUUUGAAGUCAAGUAAAGCUCAAGCCGAGUAUGUUGUGGUCGAGGAGGAGAAAGAGGAUGAGAUGGAAGUUCCACAUGAUGAGAUUGGACAAGUGCACCACCAUGAGUACACCCACGAGCCAAUACUUCUAGUGCACUACCAUCUAAGUUUGGUUAUGAAAUUGGGGCUACCUAGUUAG